UAAUUUUUUUAGAACUCAAACAUUAGUUUUAGUACAAAAAUUGUUGCAUUCUGCGGAUUGAAAAGUUUUAACUUCGAAGAAUUUUGUUUACGGAUUAGUAUAAUUAUCAUGACAUCAAAUAUUAAAAUAAAUCUGUUAAUAGAUAAACCAAAAUAUACUGCAGACUUAGGAGACAACAACUAUCGUGUGUUUACACCAGGAGAAUCAAUAACGGAACAAAAAGAUUUUAUGAGAGGUCAUGGCACUUACGUUGAGAAUGGAGAAAUCAAAUCAUCUGUUGUUGGUGUAGUAAAGAAAAUCAACAAACUGAUAUCAGUAAUUCCCAUGAAAAGUAAGUACACCGGAGAAAUAGGAGACGUUGUUGUGGGUAGAGUGACGGAAAUUCAAAAAAAACGCUGGAAAAUUGACACCAAUUCAAGACUGGAUUCAGUUCUCUUAAUUUCAUCAAUUAAUUUACCUGGUGGAGAACUUAGAAGAAGAAAUGCUGAGGAUGAGCAAAGUAUGAGAAAACUACUGCAAGAGGAAGAUUUACUUUCUGCCGAAGUCCAAAAUGUCUUUGUUGACGGAAGCUUAUCUUUACACACUAGAAGUUUAAAGUAUGGAAAGUUGUCUCAAGGCAUUCUCGUGUCUGUAUCACCUUCUCUUAUCAAACGAAGAAAGACACACUUUCACAAUCUCCCAUGUGGCGUUUCCAUUAUCAUUGGAAACAACGGUUAUGUUUGGGUAUCACCAACUGUAAAUGUAGAACUGGAAGGGCAAGGAGGUUUCACUCAAAAUCUUGAAGCUGUCUCCAAAACCGAUAGGGAAAUGAUAGUACGAAUAAAAAAUUGCAUUCUUGCACUUUCAUCAUGUUACGUUAUGAUUUAUGAUACGAGCAUAAUGUUGGCUUAUGAAGAGUCUUUAAAAUACGAACCUAAAGAUCUUCUUAAUCAGGACAUUAUGUAUGAAGUUGGCUUUAAUGCAAAACAGCGGCUUUUAAUGGUGAAUCAAUAAAGAAAUGAGAAAUGAAACAGAUUU